UGCUGAACACUACAGCCCAGAUAUGGCGGAGGAUACAGUGUAACGGCGAGAGUUACGAUAGUUUUCCUAGCAGUUUAGUAGCUGCAGUGCAUGAUAAAUGACUCUUCGGAAGAAGCAGACGUGUAAGGGCAGGUUUUCGUCGGUAUAACGCAAAAAUGGACGAAGUUGCCAGACGUAAGUAAGCUAGGAAAAUGUAUCGCCGUUUAGUGCAGUCAACAGCCUUAGGCAACAAAUAUGGCUUCUUGUGCCUUUUCCUAUUUGUAAUAAAAACUGCUCUUCCAUGCCAUUACAUGUCAUGGCUGUGCUGCCGAAUUCAUACAAGUGACCAUUAGGAAGUUAGUUCCUUGUUUGCUUAUUGGACGGGGGUCAUUUUGGGGAAACAAACCCGAGGAUACGUUAGCUAACCAGUCUGCUAGCUAGUUAGCUACGGAACUAAAGCGAACGGCAAUGGAGCCAAAGCACAAAGAGUUGUUAGACCAAUGCCACCAAAACUUGCUGGACUCCAUAACAGACGCGGACCGGCUGAUAGAGUUGCUGAUACUGUCCGGCACUCUGAGCCAGCUUGACCGCUUCGAACUGGACCAAAACUGCUCCUCCAGCGCGGAGAAAGUGGACCAGCUUUUGAAGAUGCUUGUGAACAAGGAAAGCGACCAUUUCCCCGAGCUGUGUGUGGCCUUGGAAAAGGCGUACCCUGACCUGUAUUCUGCCCUCUUUACUAACGGCGGUGGACCCGUGGACCAUUCAUCUGGCUCCACGUACAGUGUCCUCUCCACCAUGCCCUCGGACUCUGAGAGUAGCAGCUCCCUCAGCAGUGUUGGUUCUCCCCCCGGUACCGGUAAUGGCUCAGCGUCCUCCCCGCCCCCGGCCCUCAACGACAACAGGCCGGCCGGCGACAACCUGGACACCAUCCUGUUCCAGCUGCGUCAGGUGACCCGCGAGAGGGAUGAGCUCCGCAAGCGCCUGGCCCUAGCCUCCCCUGGCACCACCUUCGAUGACUGCAGGCCAAAUUCCAAAGCCAGCCAUGACUACGAGCGCCUGAAGAGUCAGUGUAUGAGGGCUAUGGCAGACCUGCAGUCUCUACAGAACCAGCACACCAAGACCCUGAAGAGGUGUGAAGAGGCUGUCAAGGAGGCUGACUUCUACCAUAUGCUCCACAGCCGUGUGUUGGGAGACCAGUCUCAGCUGAAGGAGGAGCUGGAGCUGCUGAGGAGGGACAACACUCAGCUGGUCAGGGAGCACAACCACCUGAAGCAAAGCUGUGAGGAGCUCCGCAGGCUUCACAGCGAGGUCCAGAAGGAGGUCGCCGACAUGAGGCUGCAGCAGCAAGAGGUGAUGAGAGAGAAUGGUUCUUCAGAGGUUCUCAACAAGCUUUACGACACGGCCAUGGACAAGCUGGAGGGGGUGAGGAAGGAAUAUGAUUCGCUUAGCAAACGCUACAGCGAGAAGGUAGCUAAUCACAACACGGACCUGAGCAGGCUGGAGCAGGCGGAGGAAGAGAAUCGACGACUUCAGAAGCAGAUGGACACGCUGCUGAAACAACGAGACACUGCCAUACACUACCAACAGCAGUGCUCCACGUCCAUGAGAAGGUUUGACUCCGUACAACAGGAACUGAACAAGUCGUCAGCCCAGAACAAGGAGCUUCAGAGGGAGAUGGAGCGGCUGCAGUCAGAAGUGACACGAUACAAGAACUUCCAGCUGAAGGCCGUGAAGGACUGUGAGAAGUACAAGGAGGAGAGAGACUCUGUGUUCAACGAGUACCGGCUCAUCAUGAGUGAGAGGGAUCAGGUCAUCAAGGAGCUGGACAAACUGCAGACGGAGUUGGAGGCCGCUGAAGCCCGCCUUAAAACCACCUCAUCCGAGAGGGUGGUGGCUAGUGAGGAGAUGGAGGCUCUACGACAGGAGCUGAACUCAUCAUUGGUGGACCGGGACCGGGCUAUCUGUGAGAGGAACGAGCUGUUGGAGAAGUACUGCCACGAGGUGAAGGACAAGGCUGAAGCCCAGAAGGAGCUGAGCCAGGCCUGUAAAGACAUUGAGACGGUCCGGGAGGAGAGAGACGUGGCCCGCAAGGAGAGGACUGAAGCCAUCAUUCAGAGAGACCAGCUACUGAGAGAAUACUACCAGGCUAGACAGAAACAAGACUCUGCCACCCUCGACAUGGAGCGGGCCAACAAGGAGAUUGAGGUGUUGAGGAAGCAGUACGAGGCCAUGUCCCAGGAGCUGAAGGAGGCCACCCAGGAGGCAGAGGUGGCCAAGUGUCGCCGAGACUGGGCCUUCCAGGAAAGAGACAAGAUAGUGGCAGAGAGAGAGAGCAUUCGGACAUUGUGUGACAACCUGCGUAGGGAGCGGGACCGGGCGGUUAGUGACCUGGCCGACGCCUUGCGUAACCUUGACGACAUGAGGAAGCAGAAGAAUGACGCGACCCGGGAACUGAAGGAACUCAAAGAGAAGAUGGAAAGCCAGCUGGACAAGGAGGCAAGGUUCUGUCAGCUGAUGGCCCACAGUUCUCAUGACUCAGCCAUCGACACAGACUCUCUGGAGUGGGAGACGGAGGUGGUGGAGUUUGAGAAGGAUAGGGAUGACAUGGAUUUGAAGGCACUUGGAUUUGACAUAGCAGAGGGGGUAAAUGAUCCGUAUUUACCAGGAGAUUGUGGAAUAUUUGUGACAAGAGUGGACAAAGGAAGUGUUGCGGAUGGAAGGUUAAGAGUAAAUGAUUGGUUGCUGAAGAUAAAUGACAUGGACCUGGCCAAUAAGGACCGGAAACAGGUUGUCAAGGCGGUGCUUAAUGGAGGAGGGCUGAUCAACAUGGUGGUGCGCAGAAGAAAGUCCCUGGGAGGGAGACUGGUCACCCCUGUACACAUCAACCUCAUUGGACACAAAGAUAGCGGUAUAGGUCUGGAAAGUGGUGUGUUUGUCACAGCCCUAGUCCAGGGGAGUCCUGCUGCCAGGGAGGGAUCUCUGACAGUGGGAGACCGACUUAUCGCUAUCAAUGGCAUCGCUCUGGACAACAAGUCAGUGACAGAGUGUGAGACUCUGUUGAGGAACUGUAGGGACUCUCUCAGCCUCUCUCUCAUGAAGUUCUUCCCUCACAGUUCGUCGGGCCAGAACAUCUUUGAGACUCUGCGGGAGUCCUCGUCCAACGGCCGCCUUUCAGAGGUUCACUCCAGGAACAGCCGUAACCUCAAACACAACAGCUCCACCCAGACAGACAUCUUCUGCCCCGACCCAAGUGGAGGUAGUAACACACAUGUUCCUGGAGAGAGGCGGAAGGGCAGAGAGGGAGAGCCUGAGGAAGGGAUGGGGGUGUACGGGGAUGUCAGGAAGCCUUUCUCCACCGUGUCCCUCCAUGCCACCAGUCUCCGGCCGUCCUCCGACCUCUGUUUAGGUCUCCCUGGCCGCUAUGGUCCCAGUGCCUUUGAGGAGUGCUGCUCGGGGUCUCCUUACGCCAAGCCCCCUCCACCCCCCGUCGCCUAUGACCCCUCUAGCACCCCCGAUUGCAUCACCGUGGAGACCACCCUGGAGAAGAAGCACAGCGGCGGCACCUGGCCCAAGAUGAUCGUAGGCGGGAUGUCUGUUGCCGUGGACACGACCACCGUGACGACACCGACCCAGCUUUCAAUUUUCAAAUCGCCCAAACAGAGGAAGUCCAUCUUUGACCCGGAUGCCUUCAAACCGCGGCCCGAGACGGCGCCUCCGUCUUCCAAGAUGGAGUUCCUGUUGCCCAGUCAACUGGUGACCCACUCGCCGCAGCCAUCCAAGACGGACUCCCUGUCCUCCUCCUCCACUGCCACACCCACCCCUCCAACUCCGCCUACACGCAGUGAUUCAUUUAAGUUCAAACACAAACAGCAAAGCAGCUCCGCCUCCGACUGCACGCUGACCUCCGAUGGGAACUGGGGCAAGGGGGAGUCCGUCGUCAUUGUUACAGCCGAGGGCCGUGGGGGCCGAGAGAGGGAACAGGAGAGGGACAGGAAUGGGAAUCACUAUUUCCUGGACGGGAAGGUUCUUACGUCAAGGAAGUCAUGCGACGAGGACAUUGGCCGGACGCGGGGGGAGGAGCCUGAGGUGAAAAGGCCCCGCCCUAAAUCGGCGCCGGCCCUCAGGCGCAGGAUGACUCCCCAGUCCAUCACUCUCCCCUCCUUCCAGAUUUACUCCAAUGACGAUCACUCUCCAGAGCCCAGAGAGAUGCUUCGCUCCUCCCCCAACCGCUCCCAUAGACACAGUGUGGGCUUCGUCCCCACCAUCUACAGUGGGACUCUGCCAGCAGGCUCUGCCCAUCGAGGACUGGCCCCAUGUCCAGCUGUGACGGCUGUCAUGAGGAACCCGGUAUACACAGUCCGCAGCCACCGUGUCCACACCAACAACUGUCCCUCUGUCGCCUCCCAGAUCUGCCAGCACAAUAACCAACACCCCAGUCCGCAGCACCAGGGCCGUCUCAGUCUGGACCUGAGUCAGAAGCAUCCAACGGCAGACUACUCCGAGUCGUCGUCGUCACGCGGCAACCACGCAUCCCAUGGUACCAACUCUCUACCCUCCAGCGCUCGCCUGGGCCUUGGUUCGUCCAGUAACGUCCAGUACCGGACAGAGAGGAUAAAGAUCCCCUCCACUCCCCGCUACCCACGAUCAAUGCUGGGCUCUGACAGAGGGUCCCUGUCCCAUUCAGAAUGCAGCAGUCCUGGCCUCAUCACUCCUCCCCAAUCCCCUCUCAACCUGGAGACGUCGUCCUUCGCCAGCAGCCAGUCACAGAGCUCCAUAUCGACCCUGCCCCGGAUCUCUGUCAGCCCUGUGCCAAUAGGAGAACGAAGGAAAGACCGGUCUCUGUACCGUAACAGGUCUUUUCUGAGGAUCCCUCUGGCUGCUAGGCCAAGGUUCUCCUCUCUCAGGAGCCUCAGGCCGUACCUGGAGGAACCUCGGAACGUGAUUGUUCACAAAGGGGCGGAGCCCCUUGGCAUCUCUAUCGUCAGUGGCGAGAACGGCGGCAUCUUUGUCUCCAAGGUUACAGGAGGCAGCAUCGCCCAUCAAGCUGGGCUGGAGUACGGUGACCAGCUCCUAGAGUAUAAUGGGAUUAACCUGAGAAACGCCACAGAGCAGCAGGCCAGGCUGAUCAUUGGUCAGCAGUGUGAUGCUAUCACCAUCAUGGCGCAGUACAACCCUCACAUGUACCAGCUGGGAAACCACUCACGGUCCAGUUCUCGCCUGGAGCCGGUGAGCAGCCCGGUGCCGGCCCAGGGCAGCGGAGCCACCACCCCAGACAACCACUCCACCAUCGACACUCUGAGUGAACAGGAUGAAGGAACACUCACACCCUCCUCCAAACAGACCACCCCUACAACCAGCCCUCAUAGCUUCAGCAGGAUGCCGUCAGAGGGCGGUGGUAGGGUGUGUGAGCCGCGGGUGGUGACGGUGCGCCGGGCCCAGGGGGCAGAGCUGGGGCUGGGGCUGUGUGGAGGGAACCUCUGGGGGGUCUAUGUAGAGAGUCUGGAGAAGGACAGCCCUGCCAGGGGGGCUGAGGGGCUCCUGCCGGGGGACCUCAUAAUAGAGUAUGGCUCAGUGAAUAUGAAGAACAAGACUGUGGAGGAGGUGUAUGUGGAGAUGCUGAAGCCUGCAGAGACAGUCACUCUCAGAGUCCAACAACGACCGGACGACUUCAACAUGGUCAAAGACACACCCGGGGACGGCUUCUAUAUCAGAGCACUUUAUGAGCGGACAGCGGAGGCAGAGCCAGACCUGAGUUUUAAGAAGGAUGACAUCCUGUACGUGGAUGACACUCUACCAAAGGGCAACUUCGGGACAUGGAUGGCCUGGCAGCUGGAUGAGAAUGCACGGAGGAUCCAGAGAGGACAGAUCCCCAGCAAAUACAUGAUGGACCAGGAGUUCUACCGUAGACACAGUAUGACUGAGCUGAAGGAUGAUAAAGACAGCAAGAGUCUGUCGGCUGCCGCCAGGCGCUCCUUCUUCAGGAGGAAACACAAACACAAACGCAGUAGCUCCAGAGAUGGCAAGGAGCUGGUGGCUCUGGAUGCCAUCAGCACUGACUCCAUACCGUUCCUGGAGGACUGUGUGAGUCUGGCAUACCAGCGGGUCCAGAAGGUGGAAUGUGGGUCACCCAGGCCGGUGCUCAUUCUCGGCCCUCUCACAGACCCGGUCAAGGACAUGCUGGUCAAAGAGUCCCCUGGGAAGUUCUGCAGAUGUGUCCUUGAGGUGAUGAAGGCUUCCCAGCAGGCUAUAGAACGCGGAGUCAAAGACUGCCUCUUUAUCGACUACAAACGCAGGAGCGGCCAUUUUGACGUGACCACUGUUGCUUCCAUCAAGGAGAUUACAGAAAAGGACUGCCACUGUCUGCUGGACAUCGCCCCCCAUGCGAUCGAGAGGCUGCACAGCGUUCACAUCUACCCUAUUGUUGUCUUCAUCCGCUACAAAAACGCCAAGCAGAUCAAGGAACAGAAGGACCCUGUGUAUCUGCGGGACAAGGUCUCUCAAAAACAUUCCAAGGAGCAGUUUGAGGUUGCACAGAAGAUAGAGCAGGAGUAUAGCAAAUUCUUUACAGGUAUUGUCCAGGGCGGCACUCUGCCCUACAUUUGCACUCAGAUCAUGACUAUAGUUGAUCAGGAACAGAGUAAGGUCCUGUGGACUCCUCUUGGCUGCCCCUAGGUGUUGGAGUCCUUCAUGACACCCUCUGGCUCCGCCCCCACCACCACAAACACUAAGAACCUUCCACACUACCAAUAGGUACACUACAGUGAGCUAUUACAUUGAGGAAACUAGUGAUGUUUUUGUUCUAUUGUUUUUAUUAUUACGGUGAUGAUUUGUAACUUCACCAGAGCCUCUUACAUUAGGCUCUGCACUGGGGAGCAGGUUGGUAGCACUGACAGUUGAUAUUGAAGUACAUUGGGUCUUCCCUGAGGUUUUCAUGCUGGUGUUUCUGUAAUGCUGCAUUGCAUUGUAAGCAUAUGUUUACAGCAGAACAUGUUUUUGAGUCUCGAUGUUAAACGUACUGCUUGAAUGCGUGUGCCCCCCCUCUCCUCCACCCAGAUGAGUAAAGAACCCUGACCCAGAAUCAGCCCUUAAAACAAACCUGUGUACCAAAUGAUUUCACCUUUGUUUUACACACUCCCUUCUAUGACUGACAACUAAUAAUGUUGAAUAAUAAUGUGUGUGUAGGUGUCGUGUGAUUGAGUCGUGUGUGAUUGAGUCUUGUGUGUGUGUGUGUGUGAUUGAGACUUG